CGGAAAAUUUAAGAAAUCAAUUUAAUCACUCACUUGUAAAGUAUUGUACAACUAAAAGUCGUAUACAGAAAAUAGACGAUGUUCUAAACCUUAAACUACUGGGAUUAUUGUUUAAGAAGGAUUUGUCAGUUUAAAUCAAAUACAAAUACUGUCUUAAAAUUACAGAUACAACGAUCAUGCUUGCUCAAAUUGCCGGAAGUGCACAGAACACAAGAUCAACUAUACGUACCAAGAUAUGGAUCCGUAUCACCUCAUGGGCCACAAGAAUACUAGCUCUCCUCAGCAUUGUGUUUUGUAUCGUGGCUUUUAGUGAAGUGGAGGAACCUAUGCUUGGUGUAUUCUUGAUCUUCACAGCAAUCAUUAGUAUCCUGAGCCCGUUAAACUUCAGUUGUUGCUGCUACUCGGAUUGUUCAAGGAACACAAAAGUUGAGAAAGCAAUUGGACAUUGUGGUGUCUAUGUGUGGAUGUUCAUGAGCAACAUGUGCUACGUCAUUAUGUUUGGGUACAGCUGGCUCGUUCGGGAAGAAUCAAGAAAAAGAUACUAUGACUACGGAGAUGACAUGUAUUACGAUACACAUUCAUCCCAAUAUCGCUCUCGCUCCUCCUACUCCAACACGAAAGAUAAGCUGCCUGUAUUCGACACACUAUUUGCAUUUACGCUGAUCAUCACGUCCUUCCUGACGAUGUGCAACCUUUACUCGUUUUGUCUAGUUUACAAGUACGGUUGUUGCUUCAUGAAUAAAGUUGAUAGGGAUCGCUCUCAGCAAAGAGUUGGAAUGGCAGACUUGAUAAAUCCACAUAUAUCUACAAACGGAGGCGGUCUUCCGGUUAACGGUUUUCAGUUCGGCAAUGCUACAGUGGAUACUCAGCAAACGACGUUAAACAGCAGCAAACUGAUGCAGCUCCCCCAAUACCAACCGUACACUACUGGUCCUUAUGACAUGUCUGCACCUCCCCAUCAAGCUAGUGGUGUUACAACUGACUCGAUGGGUUCGUCUAUUCCAUCAUCUAUGGAGGCAAUGAGUGGACAGUCAGUCAGCCCUCCACCAUACACUGAAGCCAAUCCCAAUGUGAAAUAGUCGCAGUGAUCGAAUCAAAAAGCUUGUUUCUUGCAAAGAUUUAUCGUCACAUGAGAAUAUAAUAAUGAAAGCUCAUAUUUGUAAAAUAAAAUCCAAAGGUGAAACAAUUGUACUAUAUUCGUAAAACCGUGUCUUAUUUGUGUAAUUUAACUUUAUAUCUAAAACAUAUUUGUCAACAGAUAUGUAGUAUUAUUUCUUUGAAUACAUGUAUGUAGUGCUGUAAAAUGAUAUUCACAAAGCUUUAUAGAGCUUAAGUUUCAUUUUGACUUAACGCCUCAAAAUAAUCAUUUUCUGACGUAUAUAUCUCUAAAAUACAUUAAAAUUAAUUAAAAUUACAUUUAUUGUAAGCUGACCACACAAUGAGAACAACAACAUCAAACAACAUAGUGGGAUGCUUGUCUGCACAUGUAGCUUUCAAUGCUGACCACACAAUGAGAUCAACAACAUCAAACAACAUAGUGGGAUGCUUGUCUGCACAUGUAGCUUUCAAACUGUCCGUAUUUAUGUUUGAAGUAUAAAAUAUAUUCAGAAUAUUGUCAAUAUAUAUGUUUGAUAUGUUUUGUUAUCAUUUGAAAUAUUGUUUAUGUCUAUAUCUGUUAUUAUGCGUUCCAUUUUAGGUUUUUGCCAGAUCGUGAAUUAGAUAUUGUCUUACUUUAAAAACAUAACUCAUAUCAUAUUGGUAUAUGAUAUGUAGUAUAUGUCGCAUUAUUUUGUGACUCCUAAUUCUCGUACGUCUGACAUUCAUAUCACAGGGGAUAUGUUUUGGUAAAAAAAUUCUGCUUGAUAUCAAUUUCUUACGCUAAAGGAAUAUUUCAGUUUUGUUUAUUUAAUAAAAUUGUUCUCUGUUGUUUUCCAGUCUUUUGCUUAAUCAAAAACACAUACUCAUGUAGUUUAAAAGUGUUGAUAAUUAUUAUGCUUAAAAGACAGAGUACUAAGAAAUCGCUCAGAUUGUGAAUCAAAUAUUGUCUUACUUUAAAAAAAUAACUAGUAUUGUACUUGUAUUAUAUCAGUGAUAUUUAGUUCAUGUAACAUUUGUUACUUCUAAUUCUCGUACGUGUGACAUUCAUAUCACAGUGGAUAUGUUUUGGUAAUUUUCGUCAUUUUU